AUGCCACCACCAUCCAACCACAGGGCCGAAAAUGAGCCCCCAGAGGAGAUCACCACCGAAGCCGCCAAGGGCUUCAUGACGGGCGUAUUCCGCGUACGUUCCACCAAGUACCUCAAUAGAUACUUGACCUCUCUCUUUCUCUCUCUCUACAAAUCCCUACUCACAUUCAUCCCAACUAUCCAGUUCGGCUCCGUCUCAAUCCUCGCACACAUGAUCAUGAUCCUCCCGCACCCAUUCACCUUUACCGCACCAACACCACCUUCCACCAGCGAAUCCCAACCCCGACCACGCCCAUCACCAUUCUCCCGCGAAUAUCUCCGCUCCCGCCUCUUCUACAGGCCAAUCGAAGGGUUCUCCGAGUGGCUAUCGCCCGCGUCCCGGGUAUACCGGGGGCUGACACCGCAAUUCAAAGUGUUCUUGCAGAUCGCCGCGAUGACCCUUGGAGGGUGCAUUUGGGCCGAGAGACGUGUCAAUGAGUAUAUCGAGCUUAUGAGGCGGAUUAAGAGAGCUGAGCGACUUCAGGCGCAGUGGGAGCAGGGAUCUGGGAGGUAG